GCUUCAGGCUCGAAAUCUCUGUAAUCAAGAUAAUAACAUAGUUGAUCGUGAUCGCGUGUUUGUUUGUCCGAUAAAUCCCCUAUUGUUUGCCGCAAUCCUCUCGAACCAACAGGAGAGACACUGUUAACCCGUUGGCAGAAACGGGUAGAAGCACGAGUGACGUGUGCGCGUGUACGUGAAUGUGCGAUAGGCCAAAGGCGCGACGAUGAUCUCGGAACUGUUCCAAACGAUGCACAAGGCCCGCUUCAGCGGCAUCCGGAUUGUGCCGGAGAACUCGCCCUCACUGCAGCAGCAGUGCGUGCGUGCGUUCGUCGAGGGCCUGCUGCGGGCCGAGCGGGGCAGCGAGCAGGUGAUGCAGCAGCUCCAGCUCCUGCCGGCCCCGCUGCUGACGUCGAUCCUCGAUCGGAUGUGCAGCUAUCCGCAGCUCCGCGGGACGCUACGGGCCGAGUUGACCGACCCGGUGACGUUCAUGAAGCUCUUCAACGGAUACGCCCCGGACCAGGGCACGCUCGAGAAGUGUCUGCGGGAGGCGGCCCUGGGCGGGCGACCGCAGGUCCUGAAGGACCUGGCCAACCGAUACUGUGAUAUGUUGCGCACGGUGACCGCUGAAACCAGCGAUGGGGCGGCAGCGGCCAUCACCAUCAUGGGCCGCGUGCUGGAGACGCUCAAGUUCGGCGACUACCUGUGCGAGGCCGGAUGGUGCCGGUCGGCGGUCGAAGUGCUGACCGUGACCGAGGAACUGGUGAGCCUGCUCGAUACGCACCGCGGUACGUCACCGCGCCACCUGGCGGCCAAAUGCCGCGUGCAGCUGCUGCGCGCCCAGAUCGGCGCCUGUCAGACGGGGCGGGCGGCCAGCACCGUCGAAAAGUUGCUGUCCUUCGUUCACGCAACGGAGCAACGGCGUCUGGAUGGCUCGCCGCCCACCGGCACCCUUCUAGUCAAGGUGUUCCUGCAGCUCGGCAGCUACUACUACUACGUGCACGAUCUCUCCCGCUGCCAUUUUUGGGCACUGCGCGCCCUCGCGACGCUGGACGCGAGCGCGGAGUCGACGCCGGCGGCGGCCGGCGACGUGAUCGAGGUGCUGCAGCUGAUCGCCCAGUUCUGCAUCGCGAAGGAGCGCCACGACCUUGGCAACAUGCUGAUCAGCCAGGCGGUGCGGCGGGCCCGGACCCACUACGGAAGUCUGCACCGCCGCUACGCGGACGUCCUUCAGCAGUACGGGUUCGCGUUGCUGCGCAUGAACGCGACCGGGCCGGCGACCACCGCGUUCACCGAGUGCCUGGAUAUCGUCGGCCGCGUUUACGGCCUGCUCAGCCCGCACGCCGUCGUCCUGGAGGGCUACUUGGCCCACUGUCUCUAUCUGCGGUCGCACACCACCGGCCGUUUCGAUAUGGCGCUCCGGCACGCCGAUGCCGCCCUGGAUCUGGCCCGCCAGUUGAUGCCCACGAGCCGACUGAUCCGCCGCCAGCUGGAGGCGACCCGCGAGCUGAUCCUGCGCGGACCGGACCGUAACCGGGCGACCAAAGAGAGUGCACCGGCCCGCGAGCGGGACUUUCGUCCGUUCACGCUGCACGAAAUCCGGGAGAAGUUCUUCGAGCUGGACUCGUCGUUCGAAAGGGAAGCGGCAUCGACGACGGCGGCCACGAACCUGCUGGUGUGCUGAUGUGCGGUGGAGUAGAGCGAAAAUCUCGAAGGACACCGAGAUCAGUUCAUUAUGUCUCCCACGGUUUACUUUUUUGAUCCAUUUUGUUCGCAACGCUGUCGAAUAGGAAGUAGAGUAGCGGCCAAGGUCCCACCAACCCCCUAAAGAUAAAGCUAGACCCUAAGAGAGUGAAUGAGUUGGAGAGGAAGCGAGAGAGGAGAAGUUACCACCUAAAGCCCAAUCUGAGUCGUCUAUUUUUGUAAGACGCUUCAAGUCUAAUAAAACGUAAGCAUUU